CUCAUCUUCUCACCACUCAUUCACCACCCAUUCACAUCCCACACAGACGCACAGCAGACGCACAGCAGACAGCUGCACAGUAGACCGACGCCCGCCCUUGUUCCAAACCACUGGCACCCAUAGAGUGAAGCAAGCAGAGGAGAGGAACCACAACAACCACCAUCCCACGCCCAACAGACCCUUGUCCAUCGGAUGAUCGGUUCCUGCAUCAUUGUGUCGCUUCACUAAACUGCUGUCCUCGAUCUCAUCUUCCUUCCUCUCUCAUUCUCUCACUUAUCCUACCUAUAUACUCACCUGGCCUCACGUCGACUUUUCUUUUUCCUCUCCGUUCUCCUUCGGCGUUCAUCUCUCGCAGCAGGCUUCUCUGAUACAUGUCAUAAUGCCUGAUUCAUCGAAUCCUCCCCCGGGCUCACGGGCCAUCAAGAUUCCUUUGUCUGCAAAUGCCAUGUCUGAUUUCACCUCGUCUGGCCGUCCUCGACGAAGCGAACGUUACAACAAGACUUCUUCUCGUAUCGACUCCGACGACGAUCCAUCUUCCUUGGGCUCCGAUCAAAGCUCUUGGUCCAACAGUCCUAUCCCUGACCGCCGUCAUGACAUGCUACAUACCGUCAAGCCCAUGGCCUCACCUGCCACCGAGGCUCUGAGUUCCACUCCUGCUCAAGAUUCAAAAAGAAAGGAUAAGCAAAAGGCCGGCUCCCCUCCAUCUACCAUGCCUGUCCUCUUCAACUCCUCCGCCUCCCCUCUCGGCCCGUCCAUGCUGUCCUCGAGCUCCUACAAGUCUAUCAACCUCAACUCCCACCACGACGACCCCGACGAACCACCUCGACUAAUCACCUAUACAAAACACAGUCAGGGCUUCACCUGGAACGACGAACUCUUCCUGCCCAGUUACUUGUUGGGACGUUAUGGCGAGCGUGGACGCAAGAAGCUAUAUGACGGAGAUUUUGGUGACGAGGAGCAUUGCCCUGUGGCUGAGAUCUUUGUCACAGAUGAGGAGGCUGAGGCCAUGCUACCGUAAAGUACACUUUCGGUCUUACAAUGAUACAACAGGGAGAUGCAUCACCACAGCAAGGCGUAAUGGGAAUGGCUGUCAGGUCAGGCAUCAAUACUGUGGGACAGACAGACCAGUCGUACUCGGACCUGGCUUGGGUAAUCGAUUUGGACAGGAAAGACAGAUGGCAAGACGGAGUUCAUUCCACAACGGAUGGAGGCAGGCGAUCGGAUUCGGAUUGGAUCAACUAGGGUAGGGGUAGGAGUAGGGGUAGGGCUAUUCUCGACUCACGUAACAUAAUGAAUUUAUCAAUGGUACCAGAGCUGAGUCUCGCUUUGUAUUUUCAGUGCUAGGCAUGUCUCUACUCUAUGAUUUAGUCAUUCAAUAGAGAUGACCUAAGUCGACCUUUGAGGCGUACCCCUCAGCAGCUGUCAGUAUAAGCUAUAGUAGCGACACUUUGUUGCCUAUAAUGCUACAGCAUCGAUAACAGCUUUCAUGAGUCGUGGAAUUAAAU